AUGAAAUUGACUAUCUCAGGCAUAAAACUGUCUAGAAAUUUGCCUUUAUUUUCCAUUUGCUAUGCUCCGUCCUCAUCUUUAAAAGGCUGCAGCGUCAAUAUCCGGAUUAAGGAGGGUCCUCUCGAGGUAUACAGCCUUAGCACCGCCGGCUAUCCAGAGAGCUACUUGUCUGACAUGGACUGCAGUUGGCUGGUAGAGGCGACGUCUGCUUAUCGUGCGCUGGUAGUUGAAUUGAUGGAUGUUGCCCUUGAGUCGAGUUACAACUGCAAAUAUGACAGUUUCCGACUAGAGACCGCGUCAAGUAAGUAUGGCUCGACCAGUCAGUCUGUGUGA